AAUAGUGAUUAAAAGGAGCCUUCCCUACACGAUCUAUACAGCUUUUCUCUUCUGCAAUUAUAUAAUGCAACUUGCAAAAUCAGUUAUCUGUCAGACGAGGACUAGAAACACACUUCCCACACACCCACCAAGUGCCUGCCCCCUCUCUGCUCUCUACAGACGAUUCUUUGAUUUUUUUUUCUGAGAUUAAGAAGAGAAGAAGGUUUAAGUUGAAUGGGAGCUGAGUGACAUCUAUGCUUAGUGAUAUCAGUUUUAAUGAUUGUUGGAUGAGAUGAAAAUGCAUUAACUCAGUAAUCAGCCUCCCAGUGGAAACUGGGGGUUUUUUUUAAAACAUUAUAAGAUGUGUUUAAUUCUAUUUCUGACUUAAAAGGACUAUCUCUGAUGAGCACUGAGGAGAGAACUACUUGUGAUACAAGUCUAAGGAAGUCAAACUUCCGCUAAGAGACACAGCUACCUAGUGGUAUCUGCUUUUUACAUCUGGCGAAUAUUGCUGUGUGGGCAGCACCUCCCUGGCAGAGCAACCUGAAGAGGAGCAAGAGAUUCUGCACCCUUAGAGCAAAGAAGAUUCUUCACAUCAUCUGAGAAGAAGGGAGGAGAAAAGAACUGGGGGAAAAAACAUGAGUUCUUCAAGUACAGAGUCCCUUGAAGUCGAACUCUCAACCUUUUAUGACUAUUAUGAUAGUUAUUACGAUGCUCCAAAACUGUGCAGUAAAGAAGGCGUCAGGAGGUUUGCAGCCUCCUUCCUACCUGUUCUGUAUUCCCUGGUAUUCCUGGUCGGGCUCGCUGGAAACAUUCUGGUCAUCGUGGUCCUCUUCAAAUACAAGAGGCUGAAGAGCAUGACUGAUGUGUACCUGCUAAACCUCGCCAUCUCAGAUUUGCUCUUUGUUUUAUCCUUGCCAUUCUGGUCUUAUUUCACGGUAGACCAAUGGGUUUUUGGAACUCCCUGGUGUAAAAUCAUUUCGUGGAUCUACCUGGUUGGGUUUUACAGUGGGAUAUUUUUUAUUAUGCUUAUGAGCAUAGACAGAUACCUGGCAAUUGUUCGUGCAGUGCUUUCCUUAAAAGCAAGGACCACCUUCCAUGGCUUGAUUACUAGCCUUGUGGUGUGGCUAGUAGCUCUUUCAGCCUCAGUCCCUGAGCUUGUAUUCAGAGAGUCUUUUAAUGAACAUAAUUUUACUACCUGCAAGCCGAGAUUUCCAGGAAAUUUCACAACAUGGAAGCUUUUUUCCACCUUGGAAGUCAACAUUUUAGGGCUCCUAAUCCCUUUUAUAAUUAUGACAUUUUGCUACUCCAUGAUCAUUAAAACAUUAGUUCACUGUAGAAAUGACAAAAAGAAUAAGGCUGUGAAGAUGAUUUUUGUUGUCAUGAUUGUAUUUUUCUUUUUUUGGACCCCCUACAACAUUGUUAUUUUCUUACAACUGCUGGAAUUUAUGGGAGUCAUUAAAGACUGUCAAGUGAGCAGGAGUCUGGACUAUGCUUUCCAGGUAACGGAAAUCCUCGGCCUUUUUCACUGUUGCCUCAACCCAGUCAUUUACUUCUUCAUGGGGGAGAAAUUCAAGAAGUACCUGAAGAUGCUCUUUAAGAACUGGCAGUUACCAGGUUAUUUCUGCAAGUGGUGUGGCGUUCACACCACUUACCCCGCCGAAUCUACCAGUUCAUUCCACACACAGUCUACAGGGGACCAAGAUGCGUUGUAACACAUCUGACAACAGCAGGAACUUUGAAAAGCAGGAACUUUGAAAAGCUAAGCAAAUGCAGACACAUUUAACAAUAAGCUAGUGCCAGAUGAUUACUUACUUCAGCUUUAUUUGUGCCUCUAGAUUUUCUGAGUAUUAUGACAGAAGGUGUCCCAAAUGUGGAACAUGGAGGAUGGACAAGCAAGGUUUCUCUGCUGUGAUUACAAAUCACUGCUCAGCUCUGUGCAAAGCACUGCGCUGCGUGGCUUCUUUUUCAGCACCAUCAGGGCAUUGGCCUGCAUGGAGUGGCAGAGGUGAGACAGCACCUUGUCAUCAGCACAUGCACUUGGAAAACAUAGCCAUGUAUUUAAAAAGGAUGAUUAUAAUCAUACUUUUUUAUUCUGUAGUUGAUCUGUGUAGGACAUGUUCACCCAUGACUCUUAGGCAGAUAUUAGCAGUACCUGCUACAUUUAAAUGUUUUGUUUCGGGGGGGGAUGAUAUAUCCCCUAUCAUUAAGAAAGAGCACAAAAUGUAUUCUGUAAGUGCACAAAGACACAAAGCAAAACCAUUACUUUUCAUUGUAGCUGUGUUCACUGUGUUUUCUCUCAGGUUGACAUAUAUGCCUAUAUGUAGGUGUAUAUAUAGGCAUUUUGAAUUACUUUAUCACUGUAAUUCAGGAUAGCAAUUCUGUAUUUUAACUAACACAGAAAAUGUUUUGAAUAUUUUUGAAUAAAAGUGUUUAAAAAAACUUAUUUCCAGCAUGCAUGAAUAAAUUUGAAGCAUCUUGGUUAAAAGUA